AUAUCCUAUUCGGUGCAGAUCUGACAGGCAGGCAGUAUCAACAGAGCAAACUGCAGCGUGGACAGACAGGAAGAACACUUUAAAGCAAGGACUCCUACUCCAACCAGCCGUCUAUCAAAAUGAACACCGAGCCUGUUGUCAUCGUCUCUGCUGCUCGGACACCAGUUGGGUCCUUGAAUGGUGCUCUGUCCACGGUGCCUCUGCAUGACCUGUGUUCAGUGGUGAUCAAGGACGUCCUGAAGCGGGCUGGGGUGAAGCCAGAAGAGGUCUCUGAGGUUAUCAUGGGACAUGUGCUAACAGCAGGUCAUGGGCAGAACCCGGCACGUCAGGCCAGUGUUGGGGCAGGUAUCCCCUACCCUGUCCCGGCCUGGAGCUGCCAGAUGGUGUGUGGCUCUGGGCUGAAGGCUGUGUGUCUGGGAGCUCAGUCCAUCCAGGCUGGAGAGUCCGCUGUGGUGGUGGCAGGGGGCAUGGAGAGUAUGAGCAGGGCUCCUCACACCCUGCAAAUGAGAGCAGGUGUGAAGAUGGGCGACGCCUCCCUGCAGGACUCCAUGGUGGCUGACGGCUUGACAGACGCCUUCCAUGGCUACCACAUGGGCAUCACAGCUGAGAAUGUGGCAAUGCAGUGGGAAAUCAGUCGAGAGGAGCAGGACAAGUUUGCUGUCCAUUCCCAGAACAAAACAGAGGCUGCACAGAAAGCAGGACAUUUUGAUCAAGAGAUUGUUCCAGUCAUGGUUUCCUCCAGAAAAGGUCCAGUGGAGGUGAAGGUGGAUGAAUUUCCUCGCCACGGUAGCAACAUGGAGAGCAUGUCCAAACUCAAACCCUGCUUCAUUAAGAACCCCAAUGGCACCGUCACCGCUGGAAACGCCUCAGGCAUUAAUGAUGGAGCAGCAGCAACCGUCCUAAUGAGCCAAUUAGAGGCUGUGAGGCGUGGCUUAAAGCCCAUGGCCAGAAUCGUAUCAUGGGCUCAAGCUGGCCUUGACCCGUCUAUCAUGGGAACUGGACCAAUACCGGCCAUCAGGAAAGCGGUUGAGAAAGCAGGCUGGCAGCUGCACCAGGUCGACUUAUUUGAGAUCAAUGAAGCAUUUGCUGCCCAGUCUAUUGCUGUGGUUAAAGAGCUUGGCCUGAAUGUAGACAAGGUGAAUGUGAGUGGUGGUGCCAUUUCUCUGGGCCAUCCCAUUGGUAUGUCCGGCUGCAGAGUGCUGGUGACCUUGUUGCAUGCGCUUCAGAGGACUGGAGGCCAUAAGGGUGUGGCUUCUCUCUGCAUUGGAGGAGGGAUGGGCAUCGCCAUGUGUGUGGAGAGGGUUUGAGAUGAAAAUCUAAUGCUGCUUCGCAAACUGCACUCGAUCUCAUCUUUUUAAUGGAUAAGGGAUACUGAAACUCGUUUACACUGCAGGACAUGAGAUAAAAUUGUUUACCUAGGUUCUUUCAAUCACUGUACUUAUAGUGUGUAUAUUUAUGUACUUAAUAACACGCCAUUCUCACUGUGAACUUCACUUAAUUCACCCUUCCUCAGGUUAUAGCUAUGUACCAUGUGGCUUAAUCUUAGAGAAUUCAAGGUCUAGAUGAUGUAAAUCUAGUGUAUGCUGACAGUUUAAACAUAAUAGGCACCAUACUGAGUUAGUUGUCGGCAGGCAAGCAAUCAUUGGUUGUUUUUCCUUCUAAAUUACCUGCACGACUGAAAAAAGUGAAACACUAAAACUGAAGGCAAGGCUUUAUUAAUGCCCAGUAUAUGCAAGCUUUGGAACAUGCUACCUUUUCUGUAGAACAUAAUUUUUAAAAGGUGUGGUAAUUUGAUAACUGUUUCAAGCACUCAAUAGAUUUAGGUUGCUGUAAAAAACAUACUUGUCAACAUUCCACUUUCUCUAAUCAACUGUGCAGACAGCAGCCAUGAAACACAGCAAAGUGCCAUAAGGUUAAGUAUGCUAGCCUUCUCUAACCUCGUGUCUCCUGUACAUAGCCAGAUGUUUGAAAAUGUUUCCUGUAAUCUAGCUGUUCUACAUAUCAAUAAAGAAUUGUAAGCCAGA